AUGUUUCGUAUGAGGAUCAAGUUGCCACCCAAAUCUUCCGAGUACUUGGCCGCUGUACGUUGGGCGAACCACAAGGAGACGCGCACAGAGGCGCGAAGCUGGGGGCUGUACGUGGACAACACGCCCCAAGGUGGAGGCGUGGCACCAUCGAGCAAUUCUAGGGGUAAGGGCAAUGAAGGUAGGAUCUCCAAUGAAAGGCGCAAGGAAUACUUAUUCUUGUUUGAGUUUCCGGGAUACUCUGAAGAUGUGGAGGCUACCAAACUCGUGGACGAGCACGUGUCAACCGAGUACAAAGAUCCACAUUUGGUUGAAGACGAGUUCAAAGAUGUUCCAGAAUCAUUGGAGUAUGAUGUUAGCGUAAUUAGCAGGUUAGUUUCGUCAAUUGAGAUGUUAGGAAUUGUUGAAUUAGUUAAUAUAGUUAGUGACGUGUGA